CAGGCAGAUAUCUGGACAGUACAUCGUCCGGGUCCUCGUCACGCUCCCAGAGUCCUUUGCUUUUGAGUCCUGCUGGCUCUCAGAGCACCUACAACAACCCUCUACUGCGCUCCCUCAGUCACCCAGGAGAGGGUGUGAUCCAGCUGAUUUCUGUAGCCCGCUCCUCUAGUCUGGGCAUCACCAUCGGCGGAGGCUCCAAUAGACCGGACGGCCCUGCAGUCUUCAUCCAGGAGGUUCUGUCUGGGGGAGACUGCCACAGGGAUGGGCGCCUGAGGCCAGGGGAUCAGCUCAUUGCCAUCAACAAGGAGUCUUUGAUAGGUGUGACCCACGAGGAGGCUAAGAGCAUGGUCAACAAGGUCAAAUUCAGUCAAGAGGCGGUGGUGGAGGUCGCUUUCAUCCCUGGUAAAGGUCCGUUCCCCAACAGCACGUCUUUACACAACGGUGUCCAGCGCAGCGUUGGCAACGGGUACAGCUCCGGGCGCUUAAAAGUCCAUGUCAGAUCACCAGAGAUCCGCACGGGGGAACCUGCCCCAAUGCCUUCUCCCUCCCCUGACAUCUGCCCUCCAGAUAUACACAUUUCAGGCUCGGCCCCCACCCAGAGAACAGUGUUGUCUGCAGCCAAACCCAAGAUCACCCUGGACCCUCACAUACGCCUCAAGUCUGACAAACUGGACCUGGCGUUGUCGUACCUGGGUCUGGACGUGACAGAGGAGAAGAGGAGGAAACUGAGAGAAAGUCUUAUCACUGACCCACAGGGAACGGUGUCCUAUGGAGACUUCGUUGAGGCCACACGCAACGUCUACCAAGAGAAUCUGGAGGAGGCGGGACUAGGGCAGAAAGAGUUCAUGUUCUCCUAUCACGAAGCAGCUAGCUUGAUGGACACCUCUGCCUUCCACUCCCCGACCUUUGAUUCAGAAUGCUCCUACAGUAGUGAAGAACUGGAACGCUUUCAGACGGAGGUGAAACAGCUGCAGAACCAGAUUAAACAACUCAAGUCCAUCCACAGUCAACCUGCUGGUUUUCCUACACUACCCCAGGGCAGUCAACCUGCUGGUUUUCCUACACUACCCCAGGUCAGUCAACCUGCUGGUUUUCCUACACUACCCCGGGACACAGAGCACAGCAAGUCAACCCUGGAGGAGGAGCAACACAACACCUCAGAGAAAGUGUGUGCGACGGUGGAGGAGAACAGUCGUCUGAAGACUCGUCUGCAGGUAGCGGAGGCAGUGCAGAGAGACAGACAGAGUAACAGUGCAGAGCAGGACUAUGAAGAGGUCAUUACACUGCUAGAGGCUGAGAUCAAAGACCUGAAGAACCAACUGGCGGGCAAGAACCAGAAGGGUCUGGAAGCUACUAAGGAAGAUGUGAUGGAGCUAAACAGGAAGUUGUCGAUGAUUGACUGUCAGCUGAGGAAGUCUGAGUUGAGCAGAAGACACCUGGAGAUCUCCAACAAGAAACUACUGGGAUUCGCACAGAAUGUUCACAAAGUGCUCACCACCCCCAGCUUGUUUGGAAUGGAAAAUGGGAGUAACAGGACCUCUCCAGCCACAGACAGUCCAGAGACCCCCUCUCCCAUCCCAGACCCAGCCUGCCAGUUAGCUGCAGAGGCCAGGGAGCUGGUGGAGGGGGUCAGAUCCCUGAGCAGCACCGAUGAUACAGCCCCUCUCAGUGACUCAGAAGCGGGUGAACCACCUGACCCAGCCAUGGACCCUAACCGGGCAACACACCCUCAUAGCUCACAGGCUCAGACAUCUCCUACAGAAGUUCCAGCCAAAGACAAGCGCCACCAGUAGAGGACGUUCAGAGAACGUCACAGAGAGCGUUUUAGAGAACGUUACGAGGACGUCAAAAGAACAACGUGGCUGGGGACUAGGCUCAGAAGAACACUGUGCUUGGCUGACUAGCUUUACCUAAAAACUACCAACAACCCUUUAAAAGACAGACAGACAAAUUGAGAGAGACAACCAGACAGACUGUAUGUAGGAUGCUAUCCAGUGUGCGUAAAAAAUAAUACUUACAAUUCUUUAAAAAUGAACUACUGUCAUUAGUUGAGGCUUCAGUCAGUGUUUUGGGAUUGCUUUACCGAUUAACUGCAAAAUGUUCUAGUUGAUCUGUUUUCUAAUACAGCUGUAUGUGUACUUACAUUUCUCUGUUGAUAUUUAGCAUUUGUCAGAAUGUGAACGAAGGGGACAUUCUCAACUGGGAGCGACUGGGAAGGAUAGCAGGUUUUGAGGUGAAAUGGCAGAGACUUGUAGAGGCAGUUCAGUUUGUUCCAAAGAGCUUGCCGUAGCCGAUUAGACAGCACUACAAAGCCAAGACGCUACCGUUGGGUUUGUAGGUGUACAGACGUACAGCAUGAGCUAUGAUGAUGAUGAUGAUGAUGAUGAUGAUGAUGCACUGAACCUUUCUAUCCCUGAGUUCCAAUACUCUAUAAAAGAUUCCUUCUCUCAUGUCCUAUUUCCUUGUAUCCUAUUUCCUUGUAUCCUUCCUGACCACUGAAAUAUGGAGAGACCGGAUAGUUACAUUCAAUAUGCUGGUAUGACAUUGGCUGCUCGUCAAAUUGAUUAAUUUAUUUUUGGGAUCAGCGGUCCCCACGGAUACGAAGAGAGAUGAAGGCGUUUGUGUUCAUUAUCUGUGAGAUGACAGAAAUGUGUAUUUUUGCUCACAACCCUUCCAGAGGUGAGGAGAGGAAGCAAGGCUAGGAUAUUGGAACCUAGCCCUAGCUGUCUCUAUAGCUGUAUCGCCAUGGGUACAGUAAGUGCCCUGUAUGUGUAUACUUCAGAGAGAGAGAGGGGAUAACGUGGACGAUGUGCCCUGAUCCAAAGCGUGUCAUCCUGAUGACAUCGUGUCACCAUGGUGAUGACCCUGUGUACAGAAACUGUUUGUCCCUUAUACUGAAGUGCUCUGAUGAACUGUCUGUCUGUUUUGAAGAUGAUUUUGUACUGGAAAAGCCAAUUUUCUGUUUCGGAUAGCGAAGAAGAGGAAGAAGCUUUAGGACCUGCACGGGCUGUCAUGGCGACGCCGAGACGUCUGCUUUUGCUUUUAUUAUAAAACCUUGUAAAUCUUUAAGCUGAAAGAAAUAUUGCACUCUCCUUUGAUGUCCUUCUCCACAUCUUCUGACUGACGCACACACACACACACACACACACACACACACACACACACACACACACACACACACACACACACACACACACACACACACACACACACACACACAAAAAUCCGCUGGACCAAGCCAGAGCUUACUAUAGUAUGUCUGUGUCAAUUGAAGCUCGUUCAAGGCUUUGUCUAUGAGGAUUCCUUUCUUCCUUACUGUUGAGUUCUGUGAAUACUUACUACGCUGUCAUAUCACAUAUGUUCCGUAACUUCUGUUAGAACUGCGUCUCCAUAGCAACAGCUGUGUGGAGGUUCCGUUCCAUAACCAUAACCCACAGGUUGUUGGCUUGUCCUCUGAGAUUGAGGUUAUGUCACCAAGACAAUAAAAACAGAAUGGAAAAAACAACAGCAAUGGCCUUGUAGCAGUGGCUGUGUCUCGAUAGUCCUAACUAGCUCCCUUUCCUUGUGUCCUUUCCUUGUGUCCUUUUCCUUCAGGAUCAGUGAUAUGGAAAGGAGUGAUACUGUAGGUAAAAAAGCAAUAUGGUGGAAAGCCAUCCAAUCCUUUCACCUGUUAGAGGUCCUGAAGGAAAGGAGAUGAGGGGAGGAGACAAGGAAAGGAAGUAAUGAAAGAGUAAUGAGACCCAGCCGGUGUCUUAUCAACUCAAAACACCUGAUACUUCCUUAGUGCUAAUGAAGGAAAGGAGACAAGGAAGGAAGCCAAUGACGAGUAUUGAGACACAACGCAAAGCAGUGUAUCUCAACUGGAAACACCAUCAGUAGCGUAAUCAUCAGUACCAUCCUAUCACUGCAUGGUUCUGGUUCUGACAACCUGGCGUUCAACAUCCAACUAUGGACUCAAAUGUUUGGUUUCAGGAAUGUAGAGAAAAACAUUAGUUAUACUGUCUUGUUUAAAUGAAUAGGUUGUAUGACAACGAUACCUGUGUGGUGGGAUAUAUGGGCUUGCGUCCCAAUAAUCUCUCCUUUCUCCCAAAGUGUGCACUUGUUCACUUUCCUUUACGGAUUUCAAAGGACGUAACUGGAAUAUGGAACUCCCUCUAGAGUCCAGCCCAUGCCAACACCAAUCCAAUUAUUUUACAUUUGUAUGGAGUAGUGAACGAGUGCACACUUCAGGAAAGAAAGAGAGACUAUCGGGACACAAGUCAAGGAGAUCUGUACAACAGGAGGUCAUCUAACAUGAAUAAGACAUACCGUAGCCGGCUAAAUGUGUCAGAUGUGUUGUGUUUAUAUUGUUAAAUGCACAUGCUUUUCAAAACUGACUGACACGUAGUCCUGUAAUUGAACUAGAUUGCAUCUUAUGUGUGGCCUCCGAACUUUCUUUUACUGUUUUUAAUAAAGGAUUAACCUCAAA